GAGUCCCCUCGCUCAGGCCAGGGGGCUGGGACUGGGGAGCGGUGGGUCCUCAGCACGCCUGAAAGUCGGGCUGCUAGCUCUGGAUUUAGGUGCUCGACUUCAGGUCCCCGAGUUUGAAAAUGUUGGUCCGGGACUUGUUCCCAAAGUUGGCGGACAACUUCCCUGUGGGUCUGAGCUCUGCUCAGCUGGUGCUUGUAAAUCGCUUCGAAGCCGUACAGCUUCUGUAGAAAUCCUGAGGAGCUUUGUGUGCCUCUCUCUGACAUGCCGUGAUUUGUUAAACUGAUACACUGCUUGUUCUUCCUGAUUGGAUUUUUCCAGUUCUGUUGGAUGUUUAACUAUAGCUAUGGCAACAAGAGUAGAGAUCAACUCUGCUCUAGCAUCCUUAACAACAAUACCUGACUUAAAUGAAAUUACAAGUGAGGAUAAAACACAACGCACAUACAUCAACCCUCUUUUGGAUGCAAGUAAUAAGGCUGGUCAACCUUCUAAUCCUUCGGCACCAAUAAUUCUUGAAGAAAAAAACAAAUUUGGGAGCACUUGGAGACCAGCAACUAUGCCUACUCCUGGAUCAAGGCCAAGGCUUUCUCCAAAGCCAUUUUCUAAGGAGAAACCUUCAGAUACUUUUGCGAAUGUGAAACCUCCUGUUACUGCUCUCAAACCAAGUAAUUUUGUCCCCAAGUUUUCUGUGUAUGGACAGCCUACUGAAGAAACGACAUCUGAUAAGGUGUUAAGUGGAGAUGUCCCUCUAUUAGUAGAUCAAAAACUAAUUGAAAAUGAAAGUAAAGGCAACAAUGAAUUAGUCACAAAUGUGGCCUUUUAUUCCAGUCCCAGUAGAAAUACUGUGAUUCUUUUUGAAACAGCUAGCACUGAGAAAUCCAAGGUAAAUUUAACACAAGGUAAAAUAUCUGUUGAUGAGCACAGAACACUUGGCACUAUACAGACAAAAGAGUGGCAAGGUAAUGCAAAGCCUGAGAUGAUAUCUCCGCCAUCAGUGACUUCCAGAAAACCUGAAGGUGGUCUGCAUAGGCAAAUAUCUUUUUCAUCAGACCCCAGACCAGUCUCCUGGAAUCCUCACCAGUCUGAUGAAAAAAAAGACACAUGUGAAGAUCCUAUAGGUGAGAGAACCAACGAUGUUGCAAAAUAUGCCAACAGCGAAGUUGGCUUAUUAACUGAAGUGCAACGAAAGCUAAAACAUAGACCAGUAUCUGCUGUUUUUCUGGAAUCGUUAAAAGAUCAAAAGCGUAGCAAUUUGGAAGUCUCCGAAGAAAAAUCUCCUACAGAGAAAUCAUGGGUUAGAAAACCAAGGCCUUUGUCCAUGGAUCUAACUGCCAAAUUUGAAAAUAAAGACCUUUCUCUGUGCAAGAAAACUUGUCCAUCUGAUGAGAUUAAGGAGAAUGUACCAGUAAUUCACUUCACUGAUAUAGGCUAUCAAGAACAGUCUGAAAUGAGGUCUAAAGCUGAAGAAAUAGAAUUGAAUAAAGGUGAUCCCUCUAAAUCAAAUUUGAAAUGUAACAAUCAGGACACUGACUUUCUUGAUGUUAAAAACAAAUCUAGUGAGCAAAACCAGAAAGUCUUUCCAAAAGAUUUAGACUCAUCCAGCCCAAAUUAUACAAAAGACUUGAUACAGAUCUCUGCAAAAGAUAAAAAAUACCCUUGGGAAACUAAACAGAAAUCUAAAGAUGAACAAAAUGAGAAAAAAAUGGACAUUGUAACUAACUUACAUGGAUCAGAAAAAAACAAGGAGAUGGCUAAUAACAAAAGCAAAACAAUUGAAGAGGUGGAAAUAUUGGAUCAAAAGGAAACUUCCAGAGUUUUAGCCAGUGAAAAUUCUGCAGAUUCCUCAAAAAAGAAAAAGACCUUGAGGGGGAGCGUUAAAAAACACAUCCGUUUGUUUGCUGGCUCAGAAAGCAGCACUACUCCAAUGGAUACCGAGCCUCUCCUGGCAGCCACUGAGAGGGAAAACAGAAAUGUGAACAUCCAACAGAGAAUCAGAGAACUGACAACAGAAAAUACAGAUGUUAAGCCUGGAAAUCUACGCAGAUCACUCAAGUCGCGACCACUUUCUGCGGACUUAACAAAGAAGUUUUCAAGCCCAGCAUCAAUCAAUGAAAUGAAACCUGAGAAACCUACUGAAUUGAAUAGUGAUGUUACUAGUGAAACACAAGAAAAUCAAAAGAGUAAGGAGAUGAAGCCUCCUCCUGGAACAGACUGUGCUGAGACCUGUGCUGUUGGGAAUCAGUGGAAACCACGACAGACAGUAAAAAUAUCAGAGAAAGCGGGUCAGAUCGAAAGAAAAGGAAGCUUUCUGAGAGAGAGGCAAAAUUUCUCUUUGCAGGGUGAAAACUCUGUGUCAGCCACAAAUAACGUUGAAAAAAAAUUAAAACCCACCAUUCCUGCAGAAAAGACCCAUUUAAAAACUGUCCGAGCCACCAUGUUUGACCACAAUGUCCAGAGGCAUAAUGUUGCUGUUGGUCAACCUGUAAUUGAUCCUACACAAAAGCUGACUAAUGAAUUUGAAGGCAAAUAUGAUGUUGUGACUUUACUAGGCCAUAACAGAAGAUCUGGGAUGGAAAAAGAAUUACAGGAGAAAACUAGUUCAAAGAGAGAGUGUCACAGUCAGUCUGAUGUAUCAGGGUAUGUAGCAGAUGCAGAAAAACGUGGAAAAACAAUUUAUGUAAAUGAAGACAAGAAAAUUGCUCAUGCAGUUCCAGUGGAAAAAUAUUCUUCAUGUGAGAAAUGUGAAAAACCCACUCCUAAGCAUGUAGAGGACUCUCUAAUUUACCAACGAAUAGAGCCAAGAUAUGAAAUCCUUCAGACUUUUGGUGAAAGAGCACUUAGUGAAGCUAUUACAGUCGUUCCUGAAGAUAAGGCUGUGACACUCAGAACUAGAAAAUCUUCUGUGAAAGAGAAGAGAAAACCUGAUGGGAAUGUCUUACAUGCUGAUCAGCUGUGUGGGCUAGAUAAUAAAACUGACCCAUUGAAAGAAGGUAGUUUUAUUUCAGAAACUAAAGACAUGUUGGAAACUUCUACAAAAAAGUUUACUUUUAGGGAACCUAAAGAUAUCUUCAACAGCAAAUGUACUUUUCAUGAACAGAUAACAGAGUACAAUAAAAAUCAGAGCAAACCGGUAUUUAUAACUGAGAAAUCCUCUUAUGCUACAAACAAAAGUAAGGAUUUGGGGAUAGCAAAUGAAAAAAUGACACAACUGCAUCCUGAAAUGCAAAAAGAAAAGAAUGAAAUCUCUUGCACAGAUAAAACAGAGAGCUCGAACGUGACCAAAUACUUUUCUGAGAGAGCUGGUAUAAAACCAGUUAGGACAGAUGGCUAUGAAUCCAGAGCUGACUUGGGUCAAGAUGUUAUUUCAACCAGUGCCAAUAAACAUGGGAGUCAAAUUUCAGUGCCUGGAUAUAACCAAUUGUAUAAACCCUCCGUGGACCAACAUCCUAGCACAGAAGUAAUAACUGCUGAUAAAGAGAAAUCCAGAGUUUUUGGAUUAAGGAAAUAUCCAGACUCAAAAUGGGGAAGAAAAGAUUUAGGCUUAGAUGUUGCAGCCCUUGAAAAUGAAAGAGACAAACUCAGAUUAGUAGAACCAGAAGAAAAAGUCAGAAGAACCAGUAGUAGUGUUUCUGACCUUAAAAUUUCGGAAAGAUGGCAAAGGAAGACCUUGCCUCAGGACUCUAGCAAGCUAGAAGAAGUUAGCCCACUAACUCAAGAAAGUAUUAAAAGGCUGAAUAGAACAGAUUCAUUGCAAUUUGAUGAAGGUGCAAUAAAAAAAAGUAAAAGAAGCAAAGAUGGGAUAGAAUCAAAGGAGGUGAACCAAACAGUUUCAGUCAGUCCUGAUGAUUAUUUGAAGAAGCAGGUUUCUCCCUUUGAACCAAAGGCAACCUAUUUUGCAGUUACGUAUCAGAUUCCUGAUAAAAAAGAAAAAAGCUCUGUAAGUACUGUUAAUGCAAAUGAAAAUAACCAAAUUACUACAGCGGUUGAAAGUGCACCAAUUAAUCUGAACUCUGGUUCUUCCAGAAGGUCCAAUCCUACACCUCAGCAAUCCUAUAAAAAUGUACUGGGUACACAUUGUAAAGAUAAGUCCCUAGAGGAAUGUGUUAACAAGCAUUGGGUUAAAGAGGAAGAACAAAAUAUUCUAAGUUUAAAAAUAUAUCCAGUGCUUGGAGAGGAUGAUAAUAGGAGGUCUUGUGAGAGAGGGCUGGAUCAUGCUAAAGAGAAAAUUAUAGAUGUUGAUGCUUUCCUCUUAAAGAAGGGCCUGAAAAAUAUUAUUCCAACUGAUCUUAAAGGUAGUGGAGGAAAAGUCUCCGCAUAUCAUGAGCCAAAAUCCACGCUACACUUCAGGCAUUUACACAAAGACAGUGAACUACUUGCACAAAAGAAGUUUGGGGAAAACAGUCAUGAUGUGUUCAGAGUAAAGACUGAAGACAGGUAUAGAUCUAGAGUUCUUGAUAUUGAUGCUCUUAUGGCAGAAUAUAAAGAGGAAUACAUAAAGGCCAGUGACAUUCAAGAAAAAAAAGAUGACCAGUUCUCUGAAGAUCAGAGUAUGCUUUAUUGGGAGAAGUCAAAGUACAAAAAGAAUGUGGCUGAUAAAAUUCCACACAGCUAUAACUGGAAAGAUUGGAAGAACUUGGAUCAAUCUGCUAGUAUCACUAAACAAGGUACCUGUGCAGAAGAACACUGCAGGCCUGAGAACUUAACGCUACAUGAAAGCAGCAAAGAGAAACUGGAGUCCUGUAGCCAAGAAUGGAGUAAGCAAAAGUCCAAAGACAGAAAAUUCAGUCCUCCCCAUUGGGGAAAGCCUAGUUCACUUUCAGAUAAACUUAUAAAUUCACCUGCUGACACUACUGGUAUCAGAAAAAAAACGUUUAUUAUUGAUGAGGAUCAAGGGAACAAUUUAACAUCUAGGCUCCAAAAUGCAAAGUACAUAUAUAACAAGGUACAGCCUGCAAAUCCUAUUAGUGUGGACCAAAAACUGGAAGUCAGUUUAGCUUCUAAUUCCUCCCCCGAUGGUGGUGGUAGUGGCGGCGGCUUAUUACAGAAGAAAUUGUUCACAAAACAGCAGUUCACAGAGAUGUCUGUGGAUGAUGACUGGCACAAAAAUAUAAUGAGGAGCUCUGUAAAUAAGAACAAAGAGACUGCAAACAAAACCUCACAUGAGAGUGACUUUUCCAAUAUGAAGAGCAAAGCGGAGUGGGAUGACUAUACAUCUGGUUUUGGAAAUGCACUGCCAGAUUUAAAACGAUCGUACUCAGAAAAGAGCCGUCCUGCUAAAGCAAGAGGCAGCAUGCCUCAGAUGCAAGAAACAAAGGAAAGAAGGGACCAGCACCAAUUCAGGCAAAGCUUCCCAUUGGAAAGUGAAGAAAACAGACUGAAAAAGAGGAGUGCAUAUCAACAAGAAACUUUCUCCCAGGAAAAUAAAAAGGACUCUGAAAAAGAAUGGACCAAGCAGAAUUCUGACAGAUCAGGUGGGAAAGACUUGACUGUAGUUCCUAUCCAGAGAAGAAGCCAUAGUUUUUAUAAGGACCGAAGAGCACAUAACUGGACGGAUCAACUGAGGCAGUGCUUUGCCAGACAACCCCCAGAGGCCAAGGACACUGACACACUUGUGCAAGAGGCUGACAGUCAAUAUGGUACCUGGAAUGAGCAGCGCCACAGUGGGGACAGCUUUGUGCCCGAGUCUCCUUCCUCAGAAAGCAAUGUUGUUUCAACAAGGAAGCAGCCACCAAAUAGCCGGCUGUCUUCUCUCUCUUCUCAAACGGAACCUGCCUCCAUAAUCGAUCAGCAUGAUUCCUCAAAAGACCAAAGGAGCACAAGUUUGGACCGUUCCAGCACUGAUAUGGAUUCAACUGAUGGUAUUGUGGGACCCCUUCCACCAGAUACCUACCCUGAGGAGAAAACCAUUGACUUCUCCUUCAUUGAUCAAACUUCUAGACUGGAUUCCAGUGUCCUGAAAACCCGUGUGCAGCUCAGCAGAAGGAUUCGCCACCGGGCACCCAGCUCCCAUUCGCUCAGGAGAAGCAGACGGAUAGAGUCUGAAAACAAACUCACUGUGAUGCAGGAGACUGAUAGCACUUGGAUGUUUAAAGACUCCUCAGAAGAGAAAUCUACAAAACAGGAAGAUUCUGAUGAGGAAGAAAAAAUACACCAAACUGAGAGAUCCUCAGCUAUGCAACCUCAGAGGCUUCCUGUUUUUCCAGGCAUGGACCACUCUGUUCUCAAGGCUCAGCUUCGGAAAAGACAAGAGCCCGAGAGUCCCAGUGAAAUAAAUUCUGCACAGCUAUUUAAAUCCCAAUUCCAGCAAGGAGCUCCUGGUGGCAGGGUACUGCCCUCUAGUGCUGAGAAGGAGAACAGGUCAGAAGAAAUGUCCCCUCAAUGGCUGAAAGAGCUGAAGUCGAAGAAGAGGCAGAGCCAGCCCGAGAAUCAGGUUUGAGCAGACCCUGAUUAUGACUAGGAAAAGACAUAGAAGUAUAACAGAAGCCUUAACUCAUCUGAACCUAAAAUUCACACAUCAUGCUGCUGCUGUUUGCUUCCUGCCUCGACUGCUAUGUGCAUGGUGCCUUCCUGCUUCGUGGAGAAAGCUGCUUAAUAUUCGUAGACAAAUACAAAGCUGUAUCUUCUCAGAUAGGGAAGGAUAUAGUCACUUUAGAACUACUUGAAGUAAGAGAUGAUGCAGUAUAGUUAGCACUUCAGAAGGUCUUGCCUGAGGGUAACAUUUGUUCUAGGAUAUACGGCGCAUCACAAAAAGUCCCCUUGCCUUCGAACAAAGAUGACAUCUCUGCAGAAUUAAGCUAUGUUCAGCAACUCAAGCAUGUGAAUGCUGGUAGGCGUGUCAAGUGUAAAGGCUGGGAUUUGUAUUUGUUUAUGAAAAUAAGAAAAUUUUAAAUUAAAUCAUCUUUCUUGUGAACUAAUAGUGGUUCAUAUUCAGAAUGAAGUUUGUGGAAGAGAGAGUGAAAGAACAAAUCAUGUUUACUGCCAUAUUAAAAAAUUAAACUUGACUGAUAUUUUUUUAAAGGUAUUUUUGAUUGGCUGAUGCUUGCACAUGAUCUGCUGAUCACACAGAUCAAGUUGAGUUUUAGAUUGAGCAUAAUGUUAAUUUUUCAUUCUUUAACUAGGAUUGUCUGGUCUGUCAGCAUGUAGUGUAAAUGCAUCAUUAGAAUGUCAUAUUCUUAAGACGAUAAAGCAAUAAUGUCAACCAAUUCUCUUUAAAAAUAGAUGUAAAUAUUGUUUUUAUUACUAAAAAGGAAGAGGCGAGAAGGAUGUAUAGUCUUGUCAAUAUGAGGGUUCCAGGUAAUUGUUAAAUGUCAUUCUAGAAGCACCUCAGAUUGUCUCACUGGAUAUUUUUAUUAGUUACCUUUGUAAAUAUCAAUUUUAAGUGUUUAUUUUUAUGCUGAUUUUGUGGGAUAACCUAAAUGCAAUCUCUCACUUCUCAACUGUUUAUGAAAUGAUCUAUAUAUUUUACUUUAAGACCAAAUGUUGGUAUGUUAACAAUGUAGAUAGUACUAACAUCACAACACAGCUGUGACAGUCACAUCAGAAGAGUUUUGAUGUCUUUGGAUCCAGAUUCUGAAAUCGGCAAGAUUUGUUUUAACCAAGAAGUCCAUUUAUAAGUAAAUUAUAAAUGGAUAUUGUAUUUAAAAUAUGUUUUAGUUACUUUCUUUUCCCCAAGUGCUCUUUUCAGAAAAUCUUUAAAAAUACACGCUAACAGGAAAGCUCAUUCUGUAAGGUAGGCGCGCCCAGGACUCUGAUAAGGAGAGUAAGUGACACGGAAAGGAGAAUUGAAUCAAAGUAGAUGAGCUCUUUCUAUUCUGCUAUUCUCGUAACCUUCUGUGGCAAACUGUUUGGGCCUCAACAGUCAAAUGUGAUGAAGCUGCACAUAGUUGCAUUGUGGGAACAAAACACACAGUUCUUGUCUCCUGCUGAAAAGUUAUUUAAAUUAAAUGUUAAAAAUCAGGCACCAGCACUUGCACGCAUUUUCCCUUUUUCUGCUGAGCAUUUCAGAAGGCUUGUCUGAUGUGGUACUACCACAACAGUGCACCUGCUAGCCAAAGGGAUAACCUUUGUCUGCCAUCCAUCAAGUUGUUAGCUGCCAUAAACCAUGUGCCAACUCUUAUCAUAAAGAAGUCACAAAUGAGGUGAUUUCACUCCCAGCCCAUACUUCAGUAAAUAACUGCAGUAUGUCAAGAGAGAUGACCAGUAUGCUCUUCUCCCUUUUAAUAUCAGAGUUCUAACAGUAGCACCCCUUAUUUUAUAGAAAUACAAAUGAAUAUUUUUCCACUUCAAAAUAAAAAUGUCUUUGUUCAGUUCUUUGUCCUGCUCCAUGUAAGAGAGGUGACAAUGCCAGAGACACUGCUUUUACAGUUUCUUCUGCCAGAGGUCGGUGAAUUCUCAAAUAUUACUGCCGAACAGAGUCACACUUCUGCCCUCUUUCAUGUGGAUAACUCCCCCUCUCCCCCCGCCGCCCAUAAGGGGAAGGGGGAAAAGCUUCCAGAGGAGCGCAUUUGUCCAAACUCUUAAAGAGACACUGUUGACUGCUUUUUAAAACUAGUUGUAUAUAUUUUCUGCCCUUGUUUGUGGUGUGGGACCUGUUUUUAUUUUGGAAAUGUAACUUUUAGGCAAGCUUUAUAUUUUUCUGUGCUUGUAAUGCGUCAGCCAGCUUGUUUUGUCAGUGGUGUACCAGAUGUGCUUGAUGGUGUUGGCGAGUACAAUUUGAACAGUAUUAGCUGCAGGGUUUUUAGGUGUGACAGAAGAAUGUUGGUCACUUUUAAUUUCCCUUGCUAAGCGUGUGGGUGGCUUGUUUUGUUUUGUUUUUUUAAGGUAUUCAAAACCCAGAUAAAUUUCCUUGUGACCAUAAAAGCGCUGAGGGAGGAUUAAUGUUAGGAUUGAGCAACUUGAUAGUGUCUCUUUAAUGACAGUCAGAGCAUUUUGUCUAACACUUCCUGAUGCAACAAAAUGAAAGCCACAAACUCUUUAGAUUAUUAGCUGCAGUGUUUUUGCUGUGCGUUCUGAUACACUGAGGGGAUUGGUUUUGCAUAUUGGCAAAGCCCUUUGAAUGAGUAUACGUUUCCAUUUCUUCAUGGACAAUGCACUGAAAUUUACUGUAGUUUUACUGCUAGUGAGAAAUGUUUAAUCUUAAAUAUGUAUGACUAAAAAAAAGCUUUAGGAUAAGGUUGAAUGGGAUAGUGGUUUUUUUCCUGAUCUUUUAUUUCUUCGUAUUGUAUGUGAAUUAAAUAUCUAUUUUCUCUUGUGA